AUGCACAUCAGUUGCUUCUUGAUAAUUUUUAACGAUCCACUGCUUCUCUCCCAUGCAGAUGACGAGGCCUCUUCGCCACCGCACGAUGCUGCUUCAUCAGAAGAAUCAACGGCGGUCACUGUUUCCGAGCCGGAUGCAAAGCUAGACGCUGGUUCGAAUUUCAAGCCUGACGCUAGCUCUGACACUAAGCCUGCCUCCGAACCUUCUACCGAGCCUACCACCGAGCCUGCUUCCGAGCCUACCACCGAGUCUGCUGCCGAGCCUGCACCUGCCAGCAAUUUAUCAAAUUGUAGCUCAAAUGACACCCCCCCCGCAUGGGUCUGCCCCUGCAACUCCUCCUUCAACCCGUCACCCACCCCACCACCAAACAACUCCAUCCCCGCUAUAGACAUCUCCUUUAAGGGCGAGUUUGGAUACGAGCUGAUUGCAGUCCUUCCUCACGCCUACUGGCAUUUCCUCAACGGAACUCUCAGAUCCACCAGGGCUUGUGCCUCCCCCCUCUCUCUCCUCUACUAUUUCAGCCCAAACCACUCCACAGACCCGAACUGUAAACGCUCCAACGAUUACAAUUACGUUAUUAAACAGUAUGGUUUCACCAAGGGCCUUCAUUUUAGCGACAUUCCGCAUUAUUGGCAUCCCCCGCCAUUAGUGCACCGGAUACGGGAGCUGGGGCGAGUAUGGCUGGAUGUUCCUAUAGGGGGGGCUCCACUUGUGAUUAUAAGCAACAAGUAUGAGAUUGAAUGGGCAGAACCGCCUACCAAUUUCAUUGAUGUCCCAAAUCUCCUUAUAAUCAUUCGUGAGUUUCUCAAUAAGGGGUAUUUCGUGGUGUAUAACCGGCCCGGGCAUUCGAUCCAGGCAGACCCGGAGCAAGGAGACAGGUUCGACUUGGGGGACCACACGAGGCUGGCUGAGGAGUUUGGUUCGGAGGCUCGGUUCCGAACCAUGCAGCAGAUUCACGAGGCUUGGCCGGGCCUAAGUUUCAACGAGGUUCAGUUUAGAAUGAUGGCCCGAAGCUCCUGUUUCAUCAGUGUGCAAGGGGGAACAUCAGUACUAUCCAGCUAUUGGGGUGGGAAGAAUAUCAUUUUCUAUCGCAAGGGGUGGGAGGGACCGGGUAGGUCUUAUGAGAGGAUAUAUCAUAGAUUGUCUGGGGCCAAGAUAGAUGUGACCAAGACGUAUGAGGUGCUGCUGGAUAGAGUGCAGGAUAUGAUUCAAGAGGACCGGUGCCAAGCUGUUUAA